ACCACGCGGGACUCGCUCCUUUUCCUGCCUCCUACCGCAGCGCUGGCUGCGUCCAUCUCUCCGGGCAGUGACACCAUGCCAUCCGUCCUCUCCCCGAGCGGUAACAGCGCUAUCCCAGCGAACAGCAUGGACGAGGGAUUAGAGGGCGUUAAAGUAACCAAGAAAAAGAAGGAUAAGACCCUGAAAAAGAAGGCGGCAGCGACAGAGGAGGCCGUUGACUGCGAACCUCCGGCUCCCAAAAAGACCAAAAAGGAGAAGAUGGAUGCGGCCGUCGGGGCUUCGCUGAAGUCUCCCGAUCUUAACGGAAACCUAAAGAAGAAGCCAAUUAAAGUGGAAACCUCUCAUUCCGGGGAUGAGCUCAUAGACUCGUCCAGUGAUAAGUCCAGCGAGCAGAAGAAGAAGAAGAAGAAAAAGAAACUGGCGACGGCCGAGGGCUCAGCAGUCGGUGGGGCCGCUGAGGUCAACGGCUCUGCUGCGAAAUCGCCGAAGUCUCAGGCGGAGCUCAACGGACAUUCCAAAGGCAGUACGCCAGCACAGUCCAGCGAGGACUCCGGGAGUGACAGCGAGAAGGAGAUGGAGACCCCAGAGCAAAGAGAAGGUGCUUUCUCAAAUUUCAAGAUCUCUCCGAACACCAUCAAGCUUCUUGAAGCGCGUGGAGUGAAAUAUCUGUUCGACAUCCAAGUGAAGACGUUUAAUCCGGUGUAUGAUGGGAAGGAUGUGAUUGGCCAAGCCCGAACCGGCACAGGAAAGACGUUUUCAUUCGCCAUCCCUCUGGUGGAGAAGCUGCAGUCGGGGCCCGAAGACAAGAGGAGAGGAAGACCACCCAAGGUGCUGGUUCUGGCGCCCACCCGAGAGCUGGCGAUUCAGGUGGCCAGAGACUUCAAGGACGUCACCAGGAAGCUCUCCGUUGUCUGUUUCUAUGGAGGCACCGCGUACAACCCUCAAGUGGACGCAAUUCGCAGCGGCAUCGACAUUCUGGUGGGCACUCCUGGCCGAAUUAAAGACCAUCUGCAGAACAACAAGCUGGAUCUCUCUCAGCUCAAACACGUGGUUCUGGAUGAAGUGGACCAAAUGCUGGACAUGGGCUUUGCUGAACAAGUGGAGGAGAUUCUCUCUGCUUCUUACGCCAAAGGUGCUGAAAGCAACCCUCAGACUCUGCUCUUCUCUGCUACGUGUCCUCCGUGGGUUUACGAUGUGGCUAAGAAGUACAUGCGCUCCCAGUACGUCCACGUGGACCUCAUCGGCAAAAAGACUCAGAAGGCAGCCACCACAGUGGAGCACUUGGCCAUCACAUGCCACUGGUCUCAGAGGGCAGCAGUCAUCGGGGACAUCGUUCAAGUCUACAGCGGCAGCCACGGCCGCACGAUCAUCUUCUGCGAGACCAAGAAACAAGCCCACGAGCUCUCCAUGAACCCGUCCAUCAAACAGAACGCCCAGUCUUUGCACGGAGACAUUGCUCAGAAGCAGAGAGAGAUGACACUGAAAGGCUUCAGGAGCGGCACCUUUGAGGUCUUGGUGGCCACCAACGUGGCCGCUCGAGGCCUGGACAUCCCAGAAGUUGAUCUGGUUGUGCAGUGUUCACCUCCCAAGGACGUCGAGUCGUAUAUUCACCGAUCUGGGCGAACCGGCAGAGCUGGAAGAACCGGCAUCUGCAUCUGUUUAUACCAGCGAAAAGAGGAAGACCAACUCCGAUAUGUGGAGCAGAAGGCUGGCAUCACCUUCAAGCGUGUUGGCGUCCCAACUGCUAACGACAUCAUCAAAUCCUCCAGUAAAGAUGCCGUCAGGUACCUGGACUCCGUGCCGGCAGCGGCUGUGGAGUAUUUCCGCUCGGCGGCUGAGAAGCUGAUUGAAGACCGAGGCCCGGUGGAGGCGCUGGCUGCUGCUCUGGCUCACAUAUCAGGAGCCACCACCCUGGAGCAGAGAUCUCUCCUGAAUUCUGAUGCUGGAUGUACCACCUUAGUACUCAACUGCUCUCAGGAGAUGCACAACAUCGGCUACGCCUGGCGAGGCAUCAAGGAACAGCUUGGAGAGGAAAUGGACGACCAGAUCAAACGAAUGACCUUCCUCAAGGGCAGAACGGGGGUCUGUUUUGAUGUCCCAGCUGAGAAGGUGAAAGAAAUCCAGGACAAAUGGCAGGACAGCCGCCGCUGGCAGUUGACCAUCGCCACCGAGCUCCCCGAGCUGGAGGAGAGCCCCCGCGGCGACCGGGGAGCCGGCAGGUUCGGAGGCAGAGGUGGAGGUCGUGGUGGAUUCCGUGGGGGUGACCGAAAGGGCUUUGGCGGGAAAUGGAGAGGAGGAGGAGGUGGACGAGGUGGUGGACGAGGUGGUGGUCAGAAGCGAAGCUUCAGCCAAGCUUUUGACUAUUAACCAUCAGCACCCACGUUUGGACUUGUCUUUAUUUUUCCAGCCUCUGACUCUUUUUCUUUGUUACUCGUGUUUGGGGAGUCAACUGUUGCCCUUCACUUGAACGUUGCUUCCCGAACCUCGCUUGAUAAAAUGGCCUGAUUGCUUUGCAAUUGUAUAUUUAAACAGCCCUAUUUAAGCCCAUUCACGUGAAUGAGAACUUCAUUAAAGUGGUCUUAAUAGAC